UAUAGGAGAAGUCGGGUCAGCCCGGUUUCUUGACGUAGUGUGUCGUUCGGUCAUCGCUUCACCGGCAUUAGACCUUUCUUCUCCAUCCUCCUUUACUGGUGCUGGCUAUCCUCUCUCUCAGUUCAGAUCCAAACCCCCAUUUUCUCAUCAGAACUACUCCGAUUCCCGAAAAUUUUCUACCCAUCCAAACAGAUCCACCUUCACAUUAUCUCCUUCUUUUAAUCCCUCCGAUUUCUCCUAUAUUUGCAGGGUUUAUCCAACUCUUUGAGAAAUCCGAGUCGACUCAGCACAGAGAUAUAGGUACAGAUACAUUUAUAGGAACAUGGUUGAUGGACGAUGGUGAUUAUGGAGUCGCAGCCUUCCUUAUCAGGGAGGUUCCCGAGUAGAUCCAAUUCCGAUACCAAUGUCGCCACCACCAGCAGUGGCAGCACGAGCCAGAGCCUUUCCUCGAUCCUCAACAACCCUAACGCAUCCGAAUCGGCGUCGUGGAUCGGGUGGUGGUCGUCGUCGGCCACCUCCGUCGCCGCUCCCGAGUUCGCGCCUCUCUCAUCCAAGGCCGCCUCCGAUGUCUCCCGAUCCGAUUUCCAGCCCUACGUCGCAUCGAUCUCCGAGCCCUACCACCGCUUCGAGGACGUGCGGAACCACUCCAGCAAGGAGAGCUUGGAUUUGGACGGAAUCGGCGGCCAGGGUGAGGCGCUCGUCGCGUGCUUGAGGGAGGUCCCGGCGCUCUACUUCAAGGAGGAUUUCGCGUUGGAGGACGGAGCCACGUUCCGUUCGGCGUGCCCGUUCUCGAACGUGUCGGAGAAUCUGGGGCUUCAGGAGAAGCUCUCGCACUACCUGGACGUGGUGGAGCUGCAUUUGGUGAAGGAGAUCUCGCUGCGGUCGAAUUCAUUCUUCGAGGCGCAAGGGCAAUUGCAGGACUUGAAUGUGAAGAUCGUGGAAGGUUGCAGUCGGAUACGGGAGCUGAAGGAGACCAUCAGGCUCUUGGAUGUGGAUUUGGUGGAGUCCGCCUCGCAAAUUCACGAACUGAAUGCUACCAGGAGCAAUCUCUUGGCUCUUCAGCAGAAACUCAGGCUUAUACUCUACGUCAACCAAGCUCUUUCCGCUCUUAAAUUGCUUGUUGGAUCUGCUGAUUGUGCAGGAGCUUUGGAUGUCACUGAUGAUUUACAGCAUUUACUGGAAGGGGAUGAGCUUACCGGUCUACAUUGCUUUCGCCAUCUCCGUGAUCAUGUGGGAGCUUCAAUAGAAUCGAUAAACAGCAUUCUUUCAGCUGAAUUUAUGCGUGCGUCAAUACAUGAUGCCGGAAAUACAGAUGUUGGAAUUUUAUCCAAGGCUAAAGCAAGGGCGUCAAUUCCUGCAAAUGGAAAAGAUGCUGAAGUGAAGUUGGAUGAAGAAGAAACUUCUAAUUUUCGAGAUCGGCUUCUCCCUCUCAUUAUUGGACUUCUCAGAACUGCGAAGCUCCCUGCCGUAUUGAGGUUAUAUCGUGACACACUUACUGCUGAUAUGAAAACUGCUAUUAAGAAUGCAGUUGCAGAGCUACUUCCAGUUCUUGUUUCCCGACCUCUAGAGUCAGAACUCACACCUGGAGAGCGAACAACAGAUGCAGAUGGUGCUAGUGCAUCACUUGCAAGCAAGUUGAGGAGCGUGUCAUCUGAAAGCUUUGUUCAACUUUUAGGUGUUAUAUUUACGAUUGUGCGGGUACAUUUAGUGCGAGCUGCUGAAGUGAAAAAAGCCAUCGAGUGGAUUAUGUGCAACUUGGAUGGUCACUAUGCUGCAGAUUCAGUUGCUGCUGCAAUUGCUGUUGGUGCUGUGGCUGCUGAAACAGCACAAGACAGUGAUGUUCAAGGCAGUUUUGUUCUGCCCUCUUCAUCCCAGAGAAGUAUUUCCAAGGUUCCUUUAGUUCAGGGAAAACUAAAUGAAGCAGCAAGUCCUUCAAAUAUGUCUAAAAAUUUUAGAGCUGAUGUCUUGCGAGAAAACACAGAAGCUGUUUUUGCAGCAUGUGAUGCUGCUCAUGGAAGAUGGGCAAAGUUACUUGGGGUUCGUGCCCUGCUUCAUCCUAAGUUGAGGUUGCAGGAAUUCUUAAGUAUAUACAGUAUCACCCAAGACUUCAUAACUGCCACAGAGAAGAUAGGUGGAAGAUUGGGAUAUAGCAUUCGUGGAACGCUGCAGUCACAAGCCAAAGCCUUUGUUGAUUUCCAGCAUGAAUCUCGAAUGACAAAAAUCAGGGCCGUGCUUGACCAAGAAACGUGGGUGGAAGUUGAUGUUCCUGAUGAAUUUCAGGCCAUUAUCACAUCCCUAUCUCUUUCUGAAGCAUUAAUAUCUGAUAAUCCAGAUGAUGCACAAGGUAAUUUAAAAACCAGCUACAGUGAAGUGGUUACAAGCAAUGUCAGUUCAUUUGUUAUCCGUAAAUCAUCAGUUUCUCAAAGUCAAAUCAAGCAGGCUAAUUCUAAUGAAAUAUCUACAGACAUUACUGUGAAGGAAAAGUCUGCCCCAGUAGCUGAAACAGUUGGAAAGAACAAAGCCGAUGUUGUAAAUUCCGUGGCUCAAAAUAAUCAUAGUAGCAUUAAGGAGCGUGGAAAAUCUACGUCUCAGACCCUUUUGUACAAAGAUGUUGGAUUUCACAUGGUAAACUGUGGCUUAAUAUUGCUGAAGAUGCUGUCAGAGUAUGUUGACAUGAAUAAUUCUUUGCCAGCACUUUCAUCAGAAAUUGUUCAUCGUGUCACGGAAAUAUUUAAAUUCUUCAAUACAAGAACGUGUCAACUUGUUCUUGGUGCUGGUGCUAUGCAGGUAUCUGGUUUGAAGUCCAUCACUUCUAAACAUUUGGCACUGGCAAGUCAAGUCAUCAGUUUCAUAUAUGCCAUUAUUCCUGAAAUCAGACAAAUUCUUUUUCUCAAAGUACCUGAUACAAGAAAGGCAUUGCUUCUAUCAGAGAUUGAUCGAGUUGCUCAGGAUUAUAAGGUGCACCGAGAUGAAAUACAUACAAAACUGGUUCAGAUAAUGAGAGAAAGGUUAUUAGUUCAUCUUCGGAGCUUACCACAGAUAGUGGAGAGCUGGAAUAGGCCUGAAGAUGCUGACCCACAGCCCAGUCAGUUUGCUCGUUCUCUUACCAAGGAAGUUGGAUUCUUGCAACGUGUUUUAUCUCGAACCUUGCAUGACGUAGAUGUUCAAGCUAUUUUUAGGCAGGUGGUUGUUAUUUUCCAUUCACAGAUUUCAGAAGCGUUCUUGCGCAUGGAGAUAAAUACUCCACAAGCAAAGGACAGGCUGCAUCGUGAUAUAAAACACAUUCUCGCAUGCAUUCGGUCGCUGCCAACUGAUAAUGUGAGUGAAUCUGGUACUCCAAACUGGGGUCAACUAGAUGAGUUUCUGGUGCAGAGGUUUGGGGCUGAAGCUGGUUAAAUGUCGAUAUAUGAAGCAAAUUUGUUAUUUCUUUUGAGAAGGCUAGUCAGAUACGAGGGCAGGUGUUGAGGAUUUCACAAUCAGUUUUGGGCCUUUGCAUUUGCCUUGUACAAUUAAAUUCAGGUUUUGCAUUUGUUAUUCAUCGCGAGAUGUAUAAACUAUAAAGUCAUCAUAAAUUGAACUGUUGCGGUUAGAAGGUUCCUUUUCUUUCUUUUUUUUUUUUUUUUUUUUUUUU